CUGUAGAGUCAGCGAAUGUUCAGGAUCAAAAAACAGUUCGACAUUUGUUUGUAGUCUUUAUUGUUUUGCCAACCUCGUCGAAUUAAAUAAAUUCUAAGGAUGAAAUGUUAGCUUUUAUCGCCAUACCGAAGCAGUAAUAAGAAACCGAAACAAAUAGCUUGAAUUAAAAUAGCGCAUUUUGUUCUCAGCUGGUUGUUCUUCCGGGUAACAGAGGAGACGACGCAAGGAGCUAAGAAAAUCUGCAGAGAGCUACUCAAAAGCGUCAGAAAACAUGUCUCACACCAUACUUCUGGUACAGCCCACCAAGAGGCCGGAGGGAAGGACCUACGCUGAUUAUGAGUCAGUCAAUGAGUGUAUGGAAGGUGUAUGCAAGAUGUAUGAGGAGCAUUUAAAGAGAAUGAACCCCAACAGUCCGUCGAUAACAUACGAUAUCAGCCAGCUGUUUGACUUUAUUGAUGACCUGGCUGACCUCAGCUGUUUGGUGUAUCGUGCUGACACGCAGACGUACCAGCCGUACAACAAGGACUGGAUCAAAGAGAAGAUCUACGUGCUGCUGCGGCGUCAGGCUCAGCAGGCAGCGCAGUGAAGCUUCUGAGGAGGUGGAGAGUGGGGGGGAUCAGAAUUAUUUUUCCUGUCUUGAACUUGUUUUAAAAGUUUUAAGUAACUUGUUUUCAGAAGUUUUUGACUUUUUUUUUUCUCAUCUCAUGUGGGGGGAUGUAUUUUGUAUUUUAUUGUUGGACUUAAUAAAGUUUCCCUUUAAAUAGCAAAA